AUGUCCCCUUAUGCGGUGCAAUCGCAGUCGCGAGACUCCUUAGAACUUGCGUCUCUGGCGAGCUCGAGCAUGAUAGAUGGUGGUGCAGUAUCAGAAGUGUCCUCCAGACCGAGCAUUUCGUCAUCACGGAGGCUGUCACUGGUGGAAGAAGAGGAUCCCCUCGACGAUGGUAAUCCGGCCGGAAGAUUAGGACGGUCAUAUUCGGUAUCCUCGACGUUUGAUUUCGCUGCGAAUUUGUUCCCUUUGAGUUCGACUACUGGGGCGGGAGGGUAUGCGCCAGUUGGAGCGCCGACUUCUGGCGCGCGAUCGGGUGGUGCGCUGGGAGGAGGAUCGUUGGAGAAGCACAAGACGCUGACUUACCUGAACGGGCUGUCGCUCAUCAUUGGCCUCAUCAUUGGAUCGGGAAUAUUUUCGUCACCAAGUCAAAUCAGCUCCAAGGUCGGUUCACCCGGGGCGGCGAUUGUAGUGUGGAUUGUUGCCGGAAUCCUGGCUUGGACUGGUGCGGCGUCAUAUGCUGAACUAGGAGGCGCAAUACCGCUGAAUGGCGGGUCGCAGGUUUAUCUCUCCAAGACGUUUGGUGAGCUCGCUGGAUUCUUGUUCACUUGGACAGCCGUGUUGGUGUUGAAGCCUGGAAGUGCUGCCAUCAUUGCUAUCAUCAUGGGGGAGUACUUUGCGCGAGCCAUCAUCGGGGCCGACGCAGAAGAUGUAAACCCGUGGGUGAGCAAGUCGGUGGCGUUGCUGGGGAUUUGCACCGUUACGUGUUUCAACUGCAUUUCUACGCGGAUGGGUACGCGCAUCAACGACGUGCUUAUGUUUUUAAAGUUUGUGGCAUUGCUAUUCGUUACAGUGGUUGGUAUCAUAGUUGCUGUGAAGGGAUAUACAUUCAAUGGAGAGAAGGAUAAUGCCUGGAAGCCACAGGACUGGUUCAAGGAUACUUCAUUCGACCUGUCAAACUGGGCUAUCGCAUUGUAUGGCGGCCUGUGGGCGUAUGACGGGUGGGACAAUACGAACUAUGUUGUUGGGGAGUUCCGAAAUCCGAGCAGGGAUCUUCCGCGGGUUAUUCACUCAGCCAUGCCGCUGGUCAUUGUGAGCUACGUGCUUGCCAAUGUAGCAUACUUUCUCGUAUUGCCCGUCGAGCAGGUCAAUGGUUCUAAUACCGUGGCGGUCAUGUUCGGCUCCAAGGUAUUUGGCUCCAUCGGCGCCGUCAUCAUUGCUCUGAUGGUCAGCGCAAGUUGCCUUGGCGCUCUCAACUCUUCCACCUUUACCGCAGGCCGACUUGUCUACGUUGCCGGCAAGGAGGGAUACAUCCCAAGCAUAUUUGGCAAAAUCGGCGUGCACAGCCAGGACCCUAGCCUGACGACCCAACGAACACGAAAUUGGUUCUCUAAGAAAAUCCACCGCUUCGUUGGGGACGACGAGAUGGGCCUCUUCUUUACGCCCAUAUACGCUUUAAUCCUCAAUGGCUUCAUCACUGCUGGCUACUGCGUCGUCGGCGAAUUCCCCACGCUCCUUACCUUCUACGGCGUUGCUGGAUACACGUUCUACUUUUGCACUGUUCUUGGCCUCAUCAUCCUCCGCGUUAGAGAACCCCAACUUGAGCGCCCAUACAAGACAUGGAUCACAACCCCAAUCAUAUUCUGCUGCGUCAGUCUCUUCCUUCUCAGCAGAGCUGUCUUUGCGCGACCGGUCCAAACUGUCGCCGUGGUAGGCUUCGUUGUGGCGGGAAUCCCCGUGUACUUUUGGCGUAUCCGGGGUAGGGACAGGUUUCGGAAACCAGGCGACGAUGGGGGGCAUCGGCCAUGGUGGCGUUUUUGGAAACAUUGA